GCCCACGGCAAAUCAAAUCCAAUAAUACGCCCGCCUUCAACUCAGUAUCCCAAGUGGACCAUAGCAAACAGCUCAACCGGGUCCUUGGCGAAACAAAUCGAAGAGAAGCUGCAGUCUAGGCUCGGCCUGGUUCAGUCAGAUCCAAGUCCUUGCACGCGACUCACUCGUCGUCCGCUCGCCUUCGAUCCAUAUUGAGCGAAUGAGGCUCGCACACAGAGUAGCUUUCAUUCGUCUGCGACUCACUCAUCACAAGCUCGAUCCAUCAUCCUCGCUGUGCAGACAGAGGACCACAACGGAAUACGCACGUCGCGCUGCUCCAGCAGCAGCUGUAGGGGAGGAGCUGGCUCAUCUCAUUCUGCUCUAUCAAUCACAAGCUGCGCCUGACCAUCCUGACCACUGCAAGCACGACACGCUGAACUCAGCCCUUGGUUUCUGGCUACGGGCCACAGUUAACGCAACAAUCAGCGACGAAGCCAGACUGCUUGCAUUGGCCAGCCGUUGCGCAGCUCGGCAAGAGUCCGCCGCUGCCACCGUGACACGAAAACGGCAAACAAUCCAGCUGCAGAAGUGCACUCUGCUGGAGAAGACCUAUAAAUUCGACGCAGCUUGUCCAACGUACACUUCACUGACCCUCUUCUGCUGGUCACAUCGCGCCAGCAUCACGAUCCAACCCUCUCUCAUAUUUGCAACACUUGCCCGCAGCCAUCUUAUCGACUCAUCCUCGACCGCAACCCCUUGUAUCGAUCAGACGAGCCAGUAGUGCCAGCGGAGGUCCCAACCAUCAGUCUACUCGUUCUGCAGACGUGGACUGCUCGUUUUGCUCCACUGCUUCAUCACAUCACCAACUGAACCCUUUCGAGACCAGUACUGGUCUAUCUUAUUCUGCAACCA